AUAUCUCGCGUUCGGAUCAUCGGAACGAGACUUGUACUAGGCGUUGAGAUACCGAUACACCACUUCACCAAAAGGAGUUAAUUAAGGUAAGCGGGCCGUUUUGGGUCCGGUGCCUCUUCGGGCCGGAGCUACCAUGGAGGGGCCGGCUGGUUGUUUUCGGGCAUGGGGGAUAGCAGAGACACUCAUCUCUAUAAAACCCCCAGCUGCAAUACGCAUCAGUAGCUUUCCCUCGGUACAUAUCCCUAUUACGAGUAUACACUACUGAAAUCAAUAAUGUCAUCGCUCAACGGUCAUUCCAACGGCAGCAAAGGUGCCACCCACAAGAGAGUGCUCAAACCAGGCGUCUGGGCCCCCAUCCCCACUUUUUUGGAUGACAAGGAGGAGCUUGAUAUCUCCACCUUCAGAAAACAUGUUGUUGAUCUUGCUAAAAUCGGCAUGCAGCCUGUCAUUUGCGGGUCGAUGGGUGAAGCUUUCCAACUCACAGACGAUGAACGAGUAACUCUCUUCAAGGAGACCCGGGCUGCUCUGGAUGAGGCUGGGUUGCUCGACACUGUGGUGAUCGCCGGAACAGGAGCUAAUUCCACUCGAGCGACCAUCAAUCUCUGUCAUUUGGCUGCCUCUUCUGGUGCCGAUGUUGCCAUCGUUAUCCCGCCCGGUUACUUCGCAGGAGCCAUGACUCCCCUUGCCCUCAAGACCUUCUUCCUUGAAGUCCAAGCCUCUUCCCCCAUUCCCGUUAUGGUGUACAACUAUCCAGGUGCUGCUGGUGGCAUCGAUCUCUCUUCCGACCUCAUCGAAGAGAUCGCCAAGAAAGGCUCCAACAUUUGCGGCGUCAAGCUCACUUGCGGAGCCGUAGGAAAGCUGACAAGGAUAUCUGCUGCUACUGCCACUCCGGCCUUUGCAGACUAUCCCAGGAAAAGUGACGUCGCACCAGAGUUCCUCACUCUUGGUGGGUUUGCAGACUUCCUCGCGCCCGCCGUGCUGGGUGGUAGAGGCCAUGGCGCUAUCAUGGGUCUGGGCAACAUCUAUCCUCGUUCGCUUGCCAGAUUGUUUGAGCUCUCUUACAAGAUUGCCACAGACGCCCAGCCUUCUGCCCAAGAUCUGAAGAAGGUUCUCGAGUUGCAAGAUCUGGUUUCCGGUGCCGAUGCAUCCUUUGCAAGGGCAGGGAUUGCUGGAACCAAAUGGUACCUCAAGACUCACAGUGGUUAUCCCUCUGCAAGGUUGAGGCACCCCUUGUUGGAGUUUACGGAUGAGCAAGGACGGGCAUUGGAGAAGGAAGAGGCAGUUGUCAAGUUGAUGGAAGUCGAGAAGAGCUUGGCCAAUAGCCAAUGAAAGUUACACUAGAGAUAGCAUUUAUGUAACAGGUCCGAUGUCGAACACCCAUGUACUAUUUUCCCCAUCCUUACUAGAGAUCAAUCCAGCAAUGAUAUUCUAUGAGGAACUAGAUACGUAUACAGUUG